UCAAAAGGAGGACAGAAGAAAUGGAGGAAUGUUUAAGCCGGGAACCAGGAUGAAGAUGAUGUCCAGCAUCCUGCUGCUCCUCAUCCUCAGCUCAUGUCUCUGUGCAGCAACAUUUGUAGUGAAUGUGACACAGAGCAGCUAUCAGGCAGAGGAGAAGCAGAACAUCACUCUGGAGUGGACCUUCACCACCAAGACUCAGGGAACCUGGAAGAAUCUGUUCAUCGUCUGUGAAGUGAUCACAGAUCAUGGAGUCUUAGUUCUCUAUCAUGUAUAUAAAGGUGUUGAGUUUCCAGAGUCUCAGGAUGAUCAGUUUUCAGGACGAGUCCAGAGCGACAAAGACGUCCUCAGAGAAGAACAAAUCAGACUCCAUGUGUCCAGACUGAGGACUGAAGACUCUGGUCUUUACCAAUGUCAAGUCACAGAAUAUGGAUGGGGCUCUGCCAGCCUUCAACUGAACGUUACCAAAGCUCCUGAUGUUGGACCCACAGCGACAACUGAACCCGAGAGGAAAGAAACCUCCCACCUUGGACUGAUAUUCAUUCUUGUGGUUGUAUUUGUUCUGAUCUUUGGUAUUAGUAUUAUUUACUUUAUCAGAAAGAGGAAACGAAAAAUUCUGAUGAGGUUGAACACCAUCAGAUCCACAGACCUUGAGGACUUUAAUCCUGUGUGACGUCAGUUUUAAUCUGAACCAACAAAAGUUUAAGUCCAAGACUCUUCAGGC